AGGUUACAAAUAAAAUAUAAAUACAUUAUAGAGAAAAACUAGAAUAAUACAGAAAUGGUAUCAUUCAUUGCUGCUUAUAUUUUAUCUCUAUUCUUAAUAAUUUUAUGUGUUAAUAAUUUUCAUCACCAGCAGCAGGUUCUGGCGUUGGCUUCCUCUGGAUCCGAUCAUGAUUUUAGGUACAUGAAAUCUGUGCAUGAUGCUACAGAGAUGUCAUUAGAGGAAGAAUAUUAUGACUACAUCAUAAUUGGUGGUGGCACAGCCGGGUGUCCCUUGGCUGCCACCCUAUCCGAAAACUACUCAGUUCUUGUCCUCGAAAGAGGCAGUGUCCCCACAGCUAACCCGAACGUCUUGCACCUACACGGAUUUUUCGCCAAUCUCAUGCAAGAAGAAGAAGAAACUAGAGUUACCCCGGCCCAGAGGUUCACUUCUGAGGACGGGGUUGAGAAUGCGAGAGGUAGGGUUUUGGGAGGGACGAGCAUGAUUAAUGCUGGGUUCUUUUCGCGAGGCAAUGAGGGUUUCUUUUCGAAGCCUGGAGUAAAAUGGGAGAUGGAUAGAGUAGAGAAGGCGUAUGAGUGGGUUGAAGAGAGUAUAGUGUUUCGGCCUAAGUUGCCCCUUUGGCAAUCUUCCUUUAGAGAUGCUUUGUUAGAAAUUGGUGUGGGUCCUGAUAAUGAAUUCGAUUUGAAUCACAAACUUGGUACUAAAAUUUCUGGAUCAACUUUUGAUGAAGUUGGGAGAAGACAUGGUGCUGUGGAGCUUCUUAAUAAAGGAAAUUUGCAGAACUUAAAAGUUGUUGUUCAUGCCUAUUAUGAUUGUUAG